AGGCGUACUAUGCCUGGGCGCCAACGCCGCCUCGCUGCCAGCCGGCGCCCCCACCCCGUCAUCCCCAACCUCCAGCCACCCGCCCGAUCCUGUGCAGCGCCGCCGCAUCUUUCAUAUCCCGCAAUCCACGAACGAGCGAGCCAGCUUGCGAGUUUCACUCGGCGUCCAGCCCUAACCGCCUCCGUCCAGGCUGCCUAGACAGAGUCGGAGCCGAACACCGCAUCGGGGCCCAACUACCAGCGACGUCCGACUACUGGGCCCGGGGUGCGCGGCACGUGCGACGAGGUCGUUACCCCCUCCCUCCCGUAAUUAAAGUUAAAACCAAGGGCGAGGUCUUCUAUUCCGCGGUAGCGUCGUCCCCCGCCCACCAAAUCUCGCCCAUGGUUUCCUCUUCCGUCUCCUCGGAGGAGGCCAGCCCCGCGCGGCGGCGCGAGAAGAGGCGAAUGCUCUGCGGCGUGGCGGCCUCACCGGGUCCCGGAGCCACGGCUGCGGCCUCGCUGGAUCACUGCCCAUCAAGAAGUUGCGAGGAAGGCUUUGACAGAGCUACAACUAAAUGUGGAAUCUGGCAUCCAGGUGAAUCACAGAGACCUGAAAUUGAUGAUGCCCCUAUCUUCACUCCAACUGAAGAGGAAUUUAAGGAUGCAAUCGGGUACAUUGCUAGCAUUCGUCCACAAGCAGAAAAAUAUGGAAUAUGUCGUAUUAUUCCACCAUCUUCUUGGAGACCUCCGUGCCCUCUGAAGGAGAAGAGUUUCUGGGAAUCUACAGAGUUCAAUACCCGAGUUCAACAGGUUGACAAGCUUCAAAACAGGGAGCCCAUAAAGAAACAAACACAGCCUCGAAUUCAGAGGAAAAGAAAGAGAAGAAAGAGACUUCGAUUUGGGAUGACCCACAGGCGUCCUAGUUCUAGGGUGGACUCCGAAGACAAGUUUGGCUUUCAAUCUGGUUCUGAUUUCACAUUAGAGGAGUUUCAGAAAUAUGCGGAUGACUACAAGCAGGAAUAUUUUGGAAUGAAAGGGAGCGAUGAAAUUUCUCUUUCCGAAAUUAAAAACCACAAAAAAAUAUGGGAACCAUCAGUCGAGGAAAUUGAGGGAGAAUAUUGGCGGAUAGUCGUAGGGUCUACUGAUGAAGUUGAGGUGGAUUAUGGUGCCGAUUUGGACACUGCAACAUUUGGUAGUGGGUUUGCUAAAUUAUCUUCAGAUGCAAAUAAGCAGGAUCCAUAUAGUGCCUCUUGUUGGAACUUGAAUAAUCUACCACGGCUGCCUGGCUCUGUUAUCUCAUUUGAAAACGAGGAUAUAUCUGGUGUUGUAGUUCCAUGGCUUUAUGUAGGAAUGUGCUUCUCUUCAUUUUGCUGGCAUGUUGAAGACCAUUUUCUCUAUUCUCUGAAUUACAUGCAUUUUGGUGAACCAAAAGUUUGGUAUGGUGUUCCUGGUGGUGAAGCAGUAAAGCUGGAAGAAUCUAUGAGAAAUAACUUACCGAAACUGUUUGAAGAACAGCCUGAUCUACUUCAUGAGCUGGUCACGCAGUUAUCUCCAUCUGUUCUAAAAUCAGAAGGAGUUUCUGUUUAUCGUGCUGUUCAGAAGCCAGGUGAAUUCGUUCUGACACUACCACGAGCAUACCAUUCUGGAUUCAACUCUGGUUUCAACUGUGCGGAGGCAGUAAAUAUUGCUCCUGUGGAUUGGCUGCCCCAUGGACAGUACGCUGUUGAGCUCUAUAGAGAGCAGCAUCGCAAGACAUCAAUAUCACAUGACAAGUUACUACUGAAGACUGCAAAAGAAGCUGUCAAACAACUAUGGAUGAACCUUUUCAAUUGCAAUAUUGAUGAGGGGAAAUACAGAUGGCUGAACACAUGUGGAAAAGAUGGUGUCUUGACAAGUGCAGUUAAGACAAGAGUUACAAUGGAGGGUGCAGCAAGGGAGGUGAAUGGUAAUUUGAAAAGUAAGAAGAUGGACAAGGAUUAUGAUUCCACUGACCGGGAGUGCUUUUCAUGCUUUUAUGAUCUCCACAUGUCUGCUAUCAGUUGCCAGUGCUCACCAAACCGCUUCGCUUGCUUAAACCAUACAAACAUUCUUUGCUCAUGUGAAAUGGAGAGGAAAAUCGCAUUCUUUCGAUAUAGCAUGGAUGAGCUUAAUACUCUUGUAGCAGCUUUGGAGGGUGAUCAGACUGCAGUGUGUCUUUGGGGACAGGACCACCUAGGUUUAGUUUGCCCAUCUGGUAAUGUGCAGAAGAGAAAGAUGGACUCAGGUAAAAGCACAGAAUUUUCAGGUUCAGCAAUUGAUGUCAAUGUUGUUUCCGGAUUUGGUGGCAGUCAAGAUGGUUGCCGUGACCUUCAAAAGCUUGCUGGAUUCCUCCAAGAGUAUGGAAUCCAGAAUAAUUAUGUAGAUCUCAAUUCUAGAAUAAAAGAAGAGCAUGGCAAGGACAGGAUGUUUACCGAUCAUGGGCUUCUACAGAAUACUGAUAGUCCAUUUAGAUUGACCUCUGAGUGCAGUUCAUCAUCGUCUUUGAAUUGUUGUUCGUCCAAUUUAAUCACUCCUUCAAGAAAUCAAGCCAGCAAUUCUGACCUAACUUGGAACACUACUAAGAAACUAUUUGGUGUUGACAUUGGAAAUUUGGCCAAACAUUCUGACAGUCAGGUUAGUCAAAUGGUAAAAGUUUCAAGCAGAUCUGAUGCGGCGUCUAGGCCAACAUCAAGGCACCAGGUUCCGUAACAACCAUUAGACUGAACUAGGGUCACCAUUGAUUUUGCAUUCUUUAGACCUAGUCCUUUUAGAUUUACAUGAUCCCAGUUCAUUCUAGCAGAUGGCAGGAUGGUUCAUUUAUCCCCUAAUUAGCCAGUUUCAUGGUAACCAAUAUAGCAAGUUAUUUGUUUCUUAGCAAUAGUUCGUAUGUACAAAAUAUUCAUUGCUGGAGACCGGAAAGGGUAAUGAAGAGAGGUUUUUCAAUUGUA